GUUCUCCGGCGGGACCCAGCGGCAAGAUCGGGCGGCGUGGCGGGCAGGCGCUUCCCUCGCGCGGGACUUCAUUCGUUGGCGCGCCGUGCCAGCGACCGUAUCGUCCACGUUCUGACGCCGUCACGCUCCGAAGCAGAGGCGCGGAAUUCCGUUGACAGCCCCCUCGGUCCGUGUCCUGUGCUCGCUGCGUGGUGCCGCUUAGUUCCCCGUCGCAAGCCGUGGUUGUGGCCGCCCCGACGACGAGUUGACGUGCGAAACCUCCUGUGGGUGUUAGCUAGUUCUUUCGGAGUUUCUGACGCUUCUUGUUAUUGUCCCAUGUGGUUACUGGCGCCAACGUUCCGCAUCGGUGUAUCGUGAGCCGCUACCGCGCACGCGGCUGUGCCCAGGGAGAUACCGCCAGAUCGUGCGCUUAUUUCCGCAUUUUGUUUGUUGCUGUUGUUAUAAUUUCGUCCGUGUCCGUGUGCUUUUUUUCGGCGGUGGGUGUGUACUCUACCACGUCGACGACUGCGGAGACAAGAGUGAGAGAGCAAAGGGAUCCUAAAGGAGUGUGCUUUUGUAUUUAGUGUGCAUCGACUCAAAGAAAAUGGAAUCACGAAAGCAGCAAGAGCGGCGGCUCGUCGGCCUCUGGAUACUAUACUCACUCGUCUGUGUCAUAGGCACGGUGGCGAGCGUGCAGGAGUUCGAGGUGACGCCAAGCGACACAGAGGUGAACCCGGGCAACGCUGUGACGCUGAGGUGCAAAGUGCGGAACCGUCGCGGCGAGUGCGUCUGGCUCAAGAACGGCUACGCGCUGGGCCGCAUCCCGGACAAGUACGACUUCGAGCGGGAGCCGCAGGACGGCGACUGCUCAGUGCAGAUCCGCAAGACGACGCUUGAGGAGGACGACGGCUCGUGGCAGUGCCAGGUGACAAGGGCAUCGCUGCAGGACGCGCCCCUCAACUCCAACGAGGUCAAGCUCGUCGUGCGAGAGCAACCGCACCCUCCCCGGCUGGAAGAAGGCACGAACCCUCUGCCUCCCGGCGGCCACUUCAAGACGAAGGCCGGCGACCCUCGGAGGUUCCAGUGCGUGUCUCGCAAGGGGAACCCGCCCGCGUCGCUGCGCUGGUACCUGGACUCGCAGGACGUGUCCCACCUGGCCAACCAGACCAACCAGACGGACGUGGAGAAGCGCGGCACCUGGCAGGCCCUGUCCGUGUUCGACUACACCUUCGUCAAGGCGGACAACCGCAGGGAGCUCAAGUGCGUCGCCUACCACGGCGCUUACGAGGAGGGACCUGGUACAGGAGGCCCGGGACAUCGGGACGUGGCCGUCACGCUGGACGUCAUGUAUCCACCAGAGAUCAAGUACGAGGGCAACCCCCGAGAGGAAGUGGAAGAGGGUGCGUCGCUGACGCUGAGCUGCGUGUCGGACGCCAAUCCGCCGGCCAACAUCGUCUGGCGCAAGUCUGGUCAGUCGAGCAUCUACGACAUCAGCCACAGCAUCCACUUCUCCAGCAUCCAGCGCACGGACUCCGGGGUCUACAGCUGCUCCGCCAAGAACGACUUCGGAGACAGCCCCGAGAUACAGGUCACUGUCAACGUCAAAUUCCGGCCGAAGAUCAUUCGCGUGGAGCCCCCGUCAACGGCCACUUUCAACGUCGGCGAAGUCAUGGCUCUCAACUGCGUGGCUGAAGGAAAUCCUGUCCCAAAGAUCAGUUGGCUACAGCAGAGCGGACGGGACCCCAACAUCUGGAACAUUCGGGGCCGGAACGCGACGCUGGUCAUCGCGAACGCGUCGUACAGCCACCAGGGCGUGUACCGCUGCGAGGCCUCCAACACCAUAAGGAACCAGCCGUACAGGGUGCAGUCGCAGGAGAUACGCAUCGAUAUCCGAGGUCCUCCCGAGGUGCUGACGGAGAGCAGCAAGACGCGUGACGUGGUGACGGCCAACAAGGAGGAGGACGCCACCAUCACGGUGGUCUUCUGCUCGGACCCCAAGCCCAUCGAGGCCAUCUGGGGGUGGGGCUCCUACAAGCUCAAGACGGGGAACUCCCUGGGACGCUUCGUCGCUGAGCCCCUCCUCGCGGAUGAAGAACUCGAGGACUGCUACGAGUCGCGAUUGGUGAUCCAGAGGGUGGAAAGCGACGACUUCAGGAAGUUUACUCUCUUCGUAGACAACGGCAAAGGAAAAGCUUCCUACUCUGUGGCCUUAGAAGUUAAAGAGCCGCUGUCUAUGACGCUCGUGAUCGGCAUCACCGUCGGUGGCAUCCUCUUCAUCAUCGUCUUCCUAACGAUUUUCGUGUACCUUGUUCGGUCAGAGAAGAUGUGCUUCAAGCGUCGUCACCAGUUCAGUCCUGACGGAGAAAGCGACUUGGGCAGCGCGGGCUCGCAGGGCACGCCCCUGACCGAGAAGGUAAAGCCCGGCGGCAACGGCGCCAUUCCGCCGGACGCUCUGUACACGUCGGCAGGCAAGGCCAACGGAGCCAACACCAACGGAGCCUCCAAAGGCACGUCCAGUACCGAGAACCCGCAGUACGAGAACAUGAAGAAUGGGCGGCCCGAUCCUCCUCCGAGGACAGCCGACGGCAGCAUCGUGUACGCCAGCCUCGACCUGGGUCCGCCGACGGCGCACCCGACGAACGGCGUCCGCCCGAACCCGGCCGAACGUACCGAGUACGCCGAGCUCCAGUUCCAGCCGUCGUCGGACCACGCGUCGCUGUGAAGUGUGGUGCCUCCCACGGGCGGCAGCUGUUCGGGACUGCCGAGACAACGUCGGCAGCGAGAAGUCUUCGGGUGUACUUAGGGAAGGAGCCGAGACCGUGGCUGGAAGAUGGCCGUCCAUUCUCAAACCGUCUCGCCGACGUGGCCUGUGCCUGCCGAUGAACUCGGACUCGUUAGUCUGCCCAGCGAUCUCUGACAACGCACACGGACUACAAAGCGAACGUGCGUGAAGCUGGUGGUGCGUGACGUCGGUACGUGUCGGCGCAUGCGUAGCGCAGCUUUCACCUGCAGCUGUCGUCUUCGUUUCGACCACGUCCCGUGAGAACGACGAACGAGAAACACCGUUCGCAAUUGUUUUAUCCACUUUUUAAGCGUUCUACUUUACUCUAGACCGUCCCGGAUGGGCCGCAAAAUAAUGCUUUUGUAGGCAAUUGAACGAGCGGUGCUUGCGUAGACCAAGGGCUCUAAGUCAGACAAUCGGCGAGAAAAGUAGGCGAAAGCGCCGACCUUUCCGCCGAGUAUACGACUUGGAGGCCCAGGUCACCGAACGACUGGUUUUGUUUUUGUCUGCAGACUAAACUUCGUUCAUUUUCGUGCUAGGGGUACUAGGCUAUUGGCAGCAUGCACGCUUAGAUACUGUUUCCCACAGGUUGUGUUCAACGUUGUGAGUACACGGCACCGUGGUCGCGUUUUUCGAUGCGCUUUCUUUUGCAGUCAUCUUCAAGCGAGACCUUGGUGCACGAUGAGAGCGAAACUGCGGGACAAUGCAAACGUGGGUCUCAAACUGCGACUUGCGGCUAUGCUGUGUCAUUUUGCGGUUAUUUUCCUCAGUUGAAGGCAUGCGGUGCAAAACUAACAUGUUGAAGCGGGCUAUUUACUGCGCACGAUGUUUGAGAUGAAAGAUAAACUAAUUUGGCCUGGGCCAGCGAUUGCUUUUCACAAAAUCCAGCGAUUGGGUCACUUUUCUUGGCGCAGUACGUGUUCGCGCUGUUGCUUUUACUAUGUUGUUUACUCCGUGGGGGACAGACUUUCAAGUUUCAUUUUUUUUGCCCGACAAGAAAUGGCAGGUUGACUUUUGCGUCUCCCGUAUCUUCAGUGUGUAAGAAUGAUCGGUUGUUUAUUUUUUAUUGUGGAAGACGUUGUAGGACAAACUGCAUUUCCAGUAUCACGUUCCAUGUGUCUUCAAAUCUUAUUUUUAUUAAUAUCAUUCUUUCUUAUCUUUCAGGAAGUCGGUCCUUUCCUGUAUAUUUUUGUACGGUCAGAAUUUUACUCUCUCGCGAUGUUAUUUCUUCCUGUAUAUGGUAUACUAUCUCAUGUUUUGUUGUAGCGUCACGGUGAGAGAAUUCCAGGAUGUUCUUUUUCUUACUUUUAGUAUACUUUUAGUGUACUAGCGUGUUGUGCUUUUAAAAUUAAUGGUUUUAUAAGUGUGUAUUUUUUUUAGCCGAACAAUGAUAGUCAGCUUCCGAUGUGCCUACUUCCUUGACCACUGGAGAAACAUUGGAGAAAGUGCUGGAUGUAGAGAGGUUCAUUUUUUGCGCUCUGCUCUACACACAGGUAUUUCAGCUACGCAAAGACUAUGAGAAGUCUUUUCCUGGCGAAUGGAAGAAGAAACUAGUUUUAGGUUCUUUUCGGCCAUUUGUAGAGAAGUGACCCAUUCACUUGCCCUCUUCCGUCCGUCAUUACAAAACGUAGCAUGAGCGAGAUAAUACAGCGCACAGAACAAGGAGGAAGAGAAAAGGUCAGGAAGAACGAAAAAGCGCUGAUAAAACAACGCUCUUUCGCCCUACCUGUCUUCUUUCUCCGUGUUCUGUGCGCUGUUUUAUCAUGUUAAGGUACCAACUGGCUCAAAUCCCUACUUUACUUCCAGACGUAGGCACACGUUGAUCGAGAUCGAUGCAUUGAUUGGGUGUGUGCAAGAGCUGGGUUACCCUUCGCAACGCACUGUCGUUCGAUCGUUGCGUCGCGUUGUUAUUACGUCGGAAAAACGUCUGACGUCUAAUUGUGUGUGUAGAGUGCAGGUUGACUUGGUACAACACAAAACACUGAGCUUUGAUUUUUUUUUUCUUGCUUUUCUUUCGUAGCUAUAGGCUCUUCUAAAAAGACUACUGCAGGCAGAUGUGGUAAUGUCACACAGCGACAUAGGUUGUAAAAAAGUAUUCGUCGUGGCCAAGUUGUAAAAUCUUCAAUACAAAAAAAAAUAUAAACUUUUGUCUUUGCGUUACUAUGUGUGGUGUGGUGUGCCUCUUAUGGACAAAAACUAGACGCUUUUUAUAUUUUUAUUGCCAAGAGAAACACUAUACUUACCUGACCUGAAAUUGUCUGAUAGGAACGUGUUACUUCGGAGACUCUUAAUCGCGGCGUGGCACGUUCUACCGUCUCGAUAUCUCAGGGGACUUUGGUGGAUCUCUCCGCUAUAUCCUCCAAUGCCUCACUAAGUGUCUACAUACCAACGGAAUGUUCAGAAACAGGCGCGUCUUUUAAUGGGAGCAGUGGAAACUGUGCAUGUGCAGAAAUCGAUUUAUUGAAGAAUGAGGCAUGUGUGCGUACCCCGAGAACCAGAGUCAGUAGCUUGUCUUACGCCAACAAGACUCUAGAUCUGCUAUUCCACAUACACACUACGUGGCACACAUGCGUUGUACGAAAUAUCAUAUUACGUGUACUGUAACUCCCGUUCUAUCCCUGAUCCUUCCUCUCACAAGUCUCUCAAAUAUUUUUUCUUAUUUUGGUGUUUGUUUACGAUUUAUGGAUCAGUUUUCAUGUUACGAUAUUAUUUUUGGACGUGGUUGUUAGUUACGUCACCUUUGUCUUGUCUGCCGUAAUUACUGUUUAUGCGGGACCGUCAAGGCACGAGCCUCUUUCGUUAGAGUGCAACUCCCUUUGAAAACGAAACUAAAAUAAAGGGCUGGUGUUUCUUUAGUGGCACGAGAUAUGAUCACAGCCGUAAUAUUACGUCAAAGUGAAGCCGCGUACUCCACUAAAAGUUGAUUUUAAAGAUGGGACGAGCUGUUCUUCAGCGGGCAGCAAGCGGGUUAGCUUUUAGUCAAGGAACACUGGCGCAGCACCCUUGUGACGUGACAGCGCGGCUCUAGGGCUCAUGACCAGUGUUGCCAUCCGUCUAGCAGAUAGUUUCGGUUUUGCCGUAGAUGCCCGGAACCAAAUUUUGAGCCGUCAUAUUUAUAAAACUAGACACGUUAUCGAAAAAAAAUGUAAUUUGGUAACACUGCUUUAGCUGAAAACAGUCGUAAUCCUAAAUUCAAAGAUAUUUACCGGAGUUGCCCUUUAUUGUUCGAAAUAUUAAGUUUAGAAAAACUGCGCUACUCGAGAUUGGUAUGUGUACAUGCCUCACAAAACCUUUAUGCAAAAGAUUGUUUGCCGGUCGUGAGUCCGCUUUUUUUACGUCACAAUAUUGCGCAUGUGUUUGCGUGUUUGCCAAGGUGUCUGUACGUAAGUGUAUAGGUUUGAAUGUGAAGCACCGUAGCUCUAGAGUCGUUUAAGCCUGAAGUCAAUCUUUAAACAGACACUCGAAGCAGUAUGAUUUUUGUUGAUGUUUUUAUUUUUCAGGGAGGCGUGAGCACAAAUAUCUGUAGUAUUGUACUGCCGACAUGGACUCCCAAGCACGUUUGUGUUCGUGUCAGUAUGUGCGCAUGUGUGCGUGUUUGUUGCCGUUGUCGAAGUUGAUGAUUGACUGAUAAAGUGUCUUUAUUUUGCCUUUGCGACUCACUCUCGCCAUAAGGCAUCAGUGAAGGCUAUCAUUGUUUAUUGCUGCCAUAUUGCGUCGGUAUAUGCGUCACAAACGCAUUUAUUUCUAAGAAGCAGUACUUAUCUGAUUGCAUUGCAGAAGGCACUUGUGUGUCGCGCAAGGAAGCAAGUCUACAUCGAAGAAUGCUAUUGCUUGAUGGUUGUGUGCUUGUCUGCACCAAGGACACCGUUUGACCCGGUAAUAAAAGAUUCUGGUUGUAGAUGCAUUA